GAGGAAGAUUAUUGAGAAAGCAAGAUUCAUAAUGUUGGAAGGACAGAAAGCGAGGGAGAAAUGAUGACUGAGUGAGGAAGGAGUGAUUAAAGUUACCAAGAACAAAAGAAGGAGGAAAGCAAGAGAAGAAGAUAGAGAGUGAGAAGCAGCAGGUCCAGCAUCUGCACAGAUGGACAAAGUGGAGCGAGUGAUGAAGAUGGUGAAGAGGAUGUCACCAAGGAAGCGGAGGAGAGAAGGAGGAGGGGGGCGAGCAGGAGGACCGGGACAGCUGGACAGCCCGGACACGCUGUGUGAUGAUCUCUGCCGCUUCAGCCUGUGCAUGAGUGAUGAUGGGCCGUAUGGAAAGACAAAAGACCUCUCUGGACCAGAAAACACUGUGGCCUCGAGAAGACACAGUAUACCAGAAGCUCUGCGGGGGGUGACCAUGGUGGAACUGGUGAAGAAGGAAGGCAGCACACUUGGUCUCACCAUCUCAGGAGGAACUGACAAGGAUGGGAAACCGCGGGUAUCGAACCUACGGCCUGGAGGGCUGGCAGCCAGGAGUGACCAGUUAAACGUGGGCGACUACAUCAAGUCAGUGAACGGCAUCAAUCUGACCAAAUUACGCCAUGAGGAGAUCAUCAGUUUACUGAAGAACGUGGGAGAGAGAGUCCUGCUGGAGGUGGAAUAUGAACUACCACCCACAGCACCAGACAGCACCUCAGGGGUUAUAUCAAAGACAAUCGACAUCUGUUUGCACAAAGAAGGGAGCAGCUUUGGUUUCGUCAUGAGAGGCGGUAUUCACGAAGACUGGCACAAGUCACGCCCUCUAGUGGUCACCUACGUCAGACCAGGAGGCCCUUCAGACAGAGAAGGCACGCUGCGCCCUGGUGAUCGCCUGCUCAGUGUAGAUGGUGUACCGCUGCACAACGCCAGCCACAGUGAUGCCCUCAACAUGUUGGCUCAGUGUGGACAGGAAGCUCUGUUCCAGAUAGAGUAUGAUGUCACUAUCAUGGACACUGUGACAAAUGCCUCUGGUCCUCUACUAGUGGAAAUUGCCAAAUCGCCAGGAGCAAUGCUGGGUAUCACGUUGACGUCCGCCAAUCAUCGAAACAAGCAGGUCAUCGUCAUUGACCGGGUUAAACCUGGCAGUGUGGUGGACAGAUGUGGAGCAUUGCACGUUGGGGAUCAUCUGCUGUCCAUAGAUGGGACAUCCACAGAACACUGCACAGUUCUGGAAGCAAUGCAGCUGUUAGCCAGUACCACAGAACUGGUCAAACUGGAAAUACUCCCGUCCCACCAAACAAGGCUAACUGGGAAGCAGCACGACACGGUGAAGGUUCAGAAGUCGGACCACCCCCACUCCUGGGACCCCUGUGUGAACUACUGUCAGCCUCCAAACUCCACUCUCUGCAACACAAACUCCACCCUCAACAAGUCCUGGACAGCUUCGAACAACAACACCAUCAACAGCCUGGACUACUGCAAGUCUCUGGUGUCGGCGAGUUUCUCUCCGAGCUCCACAACGACAUCAGGUCCCAGCAGUCAAAGCUCCAGCACGCUGCCCCGGCCGACCGUUUCCAUGAGCCCCCGCAACUCGCUGCUCAAACGGCGGCAGAGGAAGAAAGAGCACAAAAGUUCCUUGUCUUUGUCAUCCAGUUCAGUGGUCCAGGCGGUCAGGUGGUUUCACGUAGAACCUGUAGUGGUCCUGUCCGGUGAUCCACUCAACGGCUUUGGGUGUCCACUACAGGGAGGAUAUUUGCCACCGAACCCUUUCUGCUCCACCACUCAUCGCCGAUUCAUCGAGCCAGACAGCUCAGCAGAGAGGUGUGGUCUGCUGCAGGUGGGAGACCGUCUCCUCUCCAUCAAUGGGAUACCGACAGAAGACGGAACACUGGAGGAGGCCAAUCAGCUUCUGCGAGACGCAGCAUUGACCAAUAAGGUCACACUGGACGUUGAAUUUGAUGUAGCAGAAUCGGUGGUGCCAAGUAGUGGGACAUUCCACGUCAAACUGCCAAAGAAAAGAGGCGUGGAGCUGGGCCUGACCAUCAGCGCCAAUAAGAAGCCAGGAGAGCCGCUGAUUAUUUCUGACAUCAAGAAGGGCAGCAUGGCACACAGAACAGGAACAUUGGAGCCUGGCGAUAAGCUGCUGGCCAUCGAUAACAUCCGACUGGAGAACUGUUCCAGAGAGGAUGCAGAGCAGAUCCUCCAGCAAUGCGAGGAACUCGUCAAACUCAAGAUUCGCAAAGAUGAAGACAACUCAGACGAGCAGGAGACGUCGGGCAGCAUCAUCUACACAGUGGAGCUGAAGCGGUACGGAGGCCCUCUGGGUAUCACCAUCUCCGGCACUGAGGAGCCUUUUGACCCCAUCACCAUAUCAGGCCUCACCAAGAGAGGUCUGGCUGAGAGGACAGGGGCAAUACAUGUCGGGGAUCGAAUCCUGGCCAUCAACAGUGUCAGUCUGAAAGGCAAACCGCUGAGCGAAGCUAUCCACCUGCUGCAGAUGGCCGGAGAGACCGUCACCCUCAAAAUAAAGAAACAACUUGACAAUGUGGAGGAAAGGAAGGCGGCCGAGGCAGAGGACAACACGGAGAAUGAGCUCAGUGACCCUGAAGAAGAUGAUUUGACAGACAACCAACAGACCAAUAAGCUGUCAGAGCUUUACUCCACCACAAUACCAAGUGUGGACUCGGCAUUGGAGUCAUGGGAUGGCUCGGGGGUGGACGCUGGCUAUGGGAGUCAAGGUACUUUCAGCCACCAGGCCGCGGGUAUUGCCCUCCACCCCCAUGAGUGGCGUAGUGCUAAGCAACAGCACAGCACCACACCCCCUCCCGGACGCCGAAAGAACUACCCCUUCAGUGACGGAGGCUUCAGUGAGGAUGACUGGGACAAAGCGCCAGGAUUUAUUGGUCAACAACCAGAUGGCAUUCUGUUGGAUCCUGAAGACAGUUUCUGGUGUCAGGCUUUGGAAGACCUGGAGACCUGUGGUCAGUCAGAACUGCUCAGAGAAAUAGAGGCGUCCAUCAUGACUGGCACGUCCAUCACCCUGGGUGUAGUUGGUAUGAACAAACCUCCGGGUGAGCCUAUACUGAGCCACAGCAGGAUGAGUCCACUACGGAGAAAUUCUCUCCUUCACCAGGGGAACCUGCUUCCCCAGGGGGCCCACCUCCUCCACAGGGCCCACCUGCAUGAAGAGGCUAACGUCCACGAAGAGUCCCUUCUCCACCAAGAGACGCACUUGCACCCGGAGUCACAUUUGCACCAGGACCUCCACCUGCAUCAGGGGGCCCACAUGCACCAAGAGACCCAAUCCCCUGUCCUGCACCAGGAGCCCAAACCCAAGGCCUCACUGAGAGCAUCAGAGAGGACGUGGGAAUCUCGUCGGAUCAAAGAGGAAAUGCAGGGAAUUCUGUCCCCAACACCUCUGGAGCUGCACAAAGUAACAGUUAUAAAGGAUCCAGAGAGCGAUGACUUUGGUUUCAGUGUGUCAGAUGGUUUCUUGGAGAAAGGAGUUUACGUUAACAUGAUCCGACCUGAUGGACCAGCUGACAGAGCUGGGCUCAGACCGUACGACCGCAUCCUGCAGGUGAACCACGUGAGGACAAGGGACUUUGACUGCUGCCUGGCUGUGCCUCUGAUCACGGAGGCUGGAGACAGACUGGAGUUGGUCAUCAGUCGCAACCCGAUGGCCAACACGGAGACAGAGGACAAUAACGACACUUUAGACCACCCACUGGACCUGUAACACUCAGGCAGGAGAUGCACUCAGCUGGCGGUGCAGCGUAAACUAAUACUGGCCCAAACCAACCCUCCAACCAUUGCGCAAUAACUCCGAUUCACACCCCUAACAUUCACAUUGGACUAA